UUCACCUCUGUAAUCUCGUUUCGUGGAAACUAUCAGCGACCAAAUCGAUAACUGCAAGGAACAUUACACAACGCUGGAAUUUCAUCGGCGAAUCUUAUUAUUUUCUAUUACUCUAUUCAUCAAGUAACGACGUACUGAACGAAUACUGUUGGUUAUGACACAGUCAAUAAUUAUUAUAUAUAAUUCACGAAGCAAAAUAAAUAGAAAUAUAAUUCUUAGAGAAUUAUUCAACAGCGAUUUUCCUCUCCUUUUCUGAGCCAAAUAAUUAGCAAUUAAACUAUUUCUUAAUUAAUAAUUUAAAGAGAAAAAGGGAAAAAGAGUGAAAACUUAUCUGAAAAAAUUUCUGGAGACAUCGAAAACAUUGACCACGUAUACAAGAUUAAUGUUUACAUACAUCAAGUUAAUUUAACGCAAACAAGAAGGUGUAGAAACGCAAUCUGCAGCGACAAUAUUCAAGUUAGCUAGUUUAAAUCUUUUUGGCAGUGUUGCUCACUAAAUCGUCACAGUGUGUGGAUUGGGGCGAAUUCUUGGCUACAUCGGCGGACGACCGUCGGUGGGUGCCACCAAUAUGUCGCAGUCAGGGUCAGGUGGAAUGAACGAUAUUCAAGGACAAAAUCAAGCUGGACAAACGACCGAUAAUCAACAGACAACGUGCCAGAACGGUCGUGCUGAGCCGCUCGCCGAUAUUACGAAACAGGAUCUUUCUAACGGUUUCGAAAAUCGGACGAUGGAUUACGAGAAAUUCACUCAAGAAAAAACACAGAAUACCUUAGGAGAAGUUCAGGAUCAGCAGCCGCAACAGACUUCACAACAGCAGCAGCAACAACUUGCUCAUCCAGUUGCACAAUAUCCGUCGGGAAGAAGACAAUCUGUAGGAUUACCAGAGGAUAAACACCCUUCAACCGGUCAAUUGCCACCUCCGCAAUACGGCCAAGAGAAAAGUAAUGUAGACAGAACUCAGCAUGUGUCUCAGACCAGCACUCAGACAGUACCGGUGCAAGCGUAUCCGCAGUUUGCUUCUGAUUACGAUCAAAAUCAAUAUCCGCAGAUACGAGGACAAUUUGAGGUCAGAUCGCAGAUCUAUCCUCAAACGCAAUAUUCCGAUAGAGCUGGUUAUGUAACGAGAGACGUCACUUAUCGUGAUCCGACUCUUUACAGUCAGAGCGGUGCGACUAAUCCCAUGUUUACUGGGCAAGGUCAAUACGUAACGGUUCAACAUGGUUCACAGAUACCUUCGCAAUCCGCCAGUCCGCAGCCACCAUAUUACUCGGGUGUAAUCGUACCACAACCACCGAGUUACGCUCAAUUUGGUACACAGCCGCAAUAUUCUUAUAGUCAAUAUCCGCAGACAGUAAUGAACGCCAUACCGUACAAUCCACAUACCGGUUCUAUUUAUCCCGCUCAACAAUAUUCUGGUCAACAGUCGCCGAAUCCACAAAGAUUUUCGCAAGAGAUCGGCCAGUAUCAGACACAACCGAUUAUUCAGCCGAUCGCUCAGAAUGUAACACAUGGGAUCGCUAUCCAGACGACGGAGCGACCUUGUCGAGGACCGAAACCAAUGGUGCCGCCUCGUGGCAAUUCCAAGAUUACCACCCAUGAUCCCGGACAUAGAAAAUCCGCAAGUGUUGAUGUGCCAGCGUUGCAAAAGGCGAAGUAUGAGUCGACGCCGACUGCUCAACAGGAUUCAAUUCAUCGUAGUGAUGGCACCAUAGUUAUGACGGGCGCGCCGAUCGGUCCGGAUGGAUCGGAUAGAAGAUAUCUAACUACAAUUAAUCAAAAUCCCAGAAUCAGACAAGAUGGUUUGUAUGUAGAUACAAACGGUGAUCAGUCGGGUAGAGAGAAACUAGUCGAUACAAUCGCCACGGAAUGCGGCUUAUAUGUGUCCAGGUCGGAGCAUAGGAAAUCUAUAUCGGUCGAUGUGACUACCAGCUUCCAAAGACGAAAUGACACGAUAACUUUUACGUUUCCUGGCGACGGUAAUCAAGAGGUUAUGUCGGGGAGGAAAACGACGACUGCAGUAGACGCCAAGAGAGUCGAGACUAAUCAAAUAUUUCCGACUGAACAAAGGAGAUUGGAUGCGGGUCUGCGUGUAUCGCCGAUGGCGUUUGAUACGAGACAAGAAAAUAGAAAGAGUAUAGGGGCCGAUAGGAAGCCCGAAUGGGGUAACGUGAGUCCGAAUCAGAGAACUGCCAUUCCUUCAGAAAACAGACGAUCGGAUUAUUUUGAAGAACACCGAAGAUCACCCAUGAAUUUAGAAGGUAAAAGAAUAGAAGAUGUAAGGAGAUCGCCUAUGCCGUUUGUGUCGAUUCGUGAAACGUCUGUUGAUCGCGCCGGACAGAAAAGUCCUUCUUUUGUUAGCCAAAACUUUGAGAAGACUAGACAGGAGCUGGCAAUCUGGGCAGAACAACGUCAACGGCAAGAACAUGAAAGGAGCAUAAUGCAAGGUCCAAUAUUUACGACAAGUCCUCGUUCUCGUAAUCCUUCGGAAGAAAGAAGAGAUAUCAGGUCGAUUCAUCCACUGGAUGAUCGAAAAGAGUCGAGAAUGUCUCAAUCGGCCUUUCAACCCAUUCCUAAUAUUAGUCAAAGUACUAUAAUGGAGCAACGUCGACAUCUGAGACACGUUAGCGCCGAUCUAACGAAGCACAUGGAACUCUCGAGGAAGGAUUUCGAUGAGCAACCUAUUACAGGAUCCGUAGUGAAUCUGGGAUCGGUAGCUAGUACGACUUCAUCGCAAAGAGCCAGUCCGAAUCUUUGUCAUCAAUAUCCAGCUCUCAGCGAGGCAAAAAUAGAUACGAAAACUGUGUUGACUGUAGUGACAGAUUUUGGCGAGUCGGUUGCUGGCAAACCAAUUGAUCAAGUUGAUCACAUAAUUCACAGUCAUCGUAAAAGUCAUAAUACUUCCUCUAAUUUGCUCACUCAUAGUAAAAGCCAGAUGGAAAAUUUGCAGAAUACGUUAGAAAACCAGAGCGAGAAAAUAGAUUCUCUUCAGGCCCAGCAACAACAAUUGCAGAAUCAACAGAGUCUCGAUUUAAUCUCUGAAAAAUUAAGUCAAUUCGAACGUCAGCAGAGCGACCUCCAAGCCAAGUUGCAGUGUCUUCAAAAUCAAAAUCAAAUUUUGGAUAAAGUGGCGCAAUUUCAACAUCAGCAGAGCGAUCUUCAAGCUCGGUUGCAAAGUUUGCAAAAUCAAGGUCAAUUGAAUGAUAAAACUCACAAGAUAUCUGGUGAUUUUGCGCAACUUCCAAUGACGAGCGAUACACAUCAGGUUCAAGCGAGCCCUCUUCCGAAUCAUCAGGAACAAUCAUCGGAUAAAUCUUGCACGACUCAUCAACCGGUACACAGCCUUCAUCAGACACUUCUGACUACUGCGUAUCCGCAAAGUGCCACCCUCCAAGCCUGCCAAUCGUCCGUGUGUGAGAAACUGACGUCCCGCGUACAACACGACGUUUCCGAUCCGAAUUCCAUUCAGAUACCGAACAUGUCGCAAAUGCCAUUACCGUGCCUCCCGCAAUUCGAUCGCGCCGACGCGUCGCGUACUUCGUUCUCCCAGUUUCAUCGACUUCAGUGCCAGAUUGAGAAUCAUGAGAGUGCUUUAGCGACGAGUGCUGGUAUACCUGCUAGCUCUUUCACCGGUACGCUGAAGAAAAUACCGCCGGAAAAACCACCACGGACGUCCUUGAUAGUGCAGUCGCCGGAAGCUGAGAGUAAUCGCAGCCAACCAGCCAUUGGAUUGAAGCAGACGCCGAAAGCACGGCCGACUAUUUUCGGAACAGUAGCCUCGGAUCUGAACCCCAAGGACGGAAAUAGCCGAAAGAGUUUACCACAAACACCAGCCGGUGGUGCUGGUGGGAAAGCAGGCGCGAGUAGUACCGGCUCAGGUGCUGGGAUGGUCAAUGGUGCUGGUGCCGAUCAUGAAAACAUCCGGGAUGGUGCUGGCAUAGAUACAGAGCUCGCUUUGGUGUACCGAGACGGCAACCUCGUCUCAGGCUCACUUGAGGCGUUGGUACAGCAUAUGGUGCCUACGGAGGAAUAUUAUCCCGAUCGAGCGUACCUCUUCGCCUUUUUGCUGAGCGCCAGGCUCUUCAUCAAGCCGCACGAGCUUUUGGGCGAGGUUUGCGCUCUCUGCGAGCAUCAGCAAAAUCUGAAUGGAGAGGGCGGUAAGGAACGACUGCAUCGCUUCGUGCCGCGACUAGUGCAGCUGCUGGCGGAAUGGACGGAAACAUUCCCGUACGACUUUCGAGACGAGAGGGUGAUGGGUCACGUCAGAUCCAUCACGCAAAAAGUCGCUGCGGUCGACGCCGCGGCCAGGCAGGAAGUUUCGGCAUUGCUGCAAAACUUGCUGUUACGACUGACGGCCUUGGAAAGGUACGAGGAAGGCCUGGCCAGACUGGCGACCGAGGCAGCGACGGAGCAGCUUACACAGGCUUUGGUGUAUCGAGACGGCAACCUCGUCUCAGGCUCACUUGAGGCGUUGGUACAGCAUAUGGUGCCUACGGAGGAAUAUUAUCCCGAUCGAGCGUACCUCUUCGCCUUUUUGCUGAGCGCCAGGCUCUUCAUCAAGCCGCACGAGCUUUUGGGCGAGGUUUGCGCUCUCUGCGAGCAUCAGCAAAAUCUGAAUGGAGAGGGCGGUAAGGAACGACUGCAUCGCUUCGUGCCGCGACUAGUGCAGCUGCUGGCGGAAUGGACGGAAACAUUCCCGUACGACUUUCGAGACGAGAGGGUGAUGGGUCACGUCAGAUCCAUCACGCAAAAAGUCGCUGCGGUCGACGCCGCGGCCAGGCAGGAAGUUUCGGCAUUGCUGCAAAACUUGCUGUUACGACUGACGGCCUUGGAAAGGUACGAGGAAGGCCUGGCCAGACUGGCGACCGAGGCAGCGACGGAGCAGCUUACACAGGUGGAUAUUACAGAACUUUGUCCAUCAGCCACUGUGCUGGCACAACAAUUGACCCAUGUGGAACUCGAGAGACUCUCUUACAUCGGACCCGAAGAAUUUGUGCAGGCCUUUGCCAAAGAGUCGCCGCAUUUAGAAACAUCCUUCAAGGAUAUGAAGAAAACUCGAAAUCUUGAAUCGUACGUUCAAUGGUUUAAUAGAUUGAGCUACUUUGUAGCGACGGAAGUCUGCAAGCAUGCAAAGAAGAAGCAACGCGUUCGUGUCGUCGAAUAUUGGAUCGAGACUGCUCGAGAAUGCUUUAACAUUGGCAACUUCAAUUCCCUGAUGGCGAUCAUCGCUGGCCUUAACAUGUCUCCUAUAUCUCGCUUGAAGAAGACGCUAAUUAAUUUUCGCUGCUCAAGUUCAGUUAUGCAUUUCAGACUGCCAAACGGCCAUAUCAAUUUUGAGAAAUUCUGGCAGCUGGCGAAGCAGGUGACUGAAUUCAUCGCGUGGAAGCAAGUUGCCUGUCCAUUCGAGAAGAAUCCGCGUGUCAUUGCCUUCCUUCAGGCGAGCCCCGUGUUGACGGAAAACACACUUGCGCUAGCAUCUUUCGAGUGCGAACCGCCCGAUAACAAUCCGGAAAAGGAACGUUAUAAAGCUUUAAAAUCUGAGAUGAAUGCCCAGUGAAAGCGAGCUAUUCUGAAACAUGCCGAAUGGGAACGGUAUUGAUAUAGAUAUACAUGUGGAGAUACAUUUAUAAAUAUUAAUAUAUUCAUAAUCGUAGUUAGUUUAUCCGUGAAGAAAAUGAUGAGAGGAAAAGAUGAAGAGCAGAUGGAAGAUCGCGACAGCUGACUAAAGUAUUACUGGGACGACCUACGUGAGAUUAGGUAUUUCUGUCUUGCGAAUUUUUAUGAUGAUUAAAAAUUUUCAAUGACGACUUGGCAUCGUCGGAAACAUCAUUUAAUCGCGAUCUGUACAAUCAUCGCUUAUCUUUCUGUUACAUUUUUUUUAUUUUAAUUGUAUUUUAAUUGUAUUUAAUUUAUCCAUUUUAACUAUAUACAAUUUAAAAUAUUUAGUAUUAAAUUCUCUCGGUUUUAAUUUGGAUGAAUAAACUUUUGUUGAUUAUUCGACAUUUGCAAAUUAUUAUCGCGAAGAAAAUAUUAUUUUUGCAAUGCAAUAGUUAUAAUUUUUAUUCAAAAUUUGCGUUUUAUUUUUAAAAUCUAAUAAUAUUGGGGAUAAAUAACUGACACUUGCGCCUAAAAGGCAAUCAAUAUUAAAAUGCGAAUUGUCAAUAAAUAAGAUUGUACAGAUCGAUCGAUUUCGAUAGUAUUUGUGGGAAUCAUGAACUCCGACCAUUUCAAUAGCCAAAAACUUGUAUGAUCAUCGUGACCAUACUAGUAAAUGUUGAGUUAUGCACACCUCGAAGAUGAUUGUGAAAUUCGCUCGACAAUGUCGCGUAGCCGUAAGUAUAGUUCCUAAGCCUUCGACCCGUUGGCAGCUUUUCUCUCGAGCGCGAGAAUCGAAUCGUGCUAUUCUCUUUAUAUUUCCGGACAUUUUCCGGAUACGAUGCAAGGAUUUCGGAUUCGCUCGAGAAAGAUGCGAUCGACGUGCUCGAUCUUUUGUACAUAGUCCUUUUGAUAUACGUUAACAGACAUUUAGGUGUGAGAAGUAGGGUCGUUCCUGUAGAAUAAGCCCGGGCGAUAAAUUUGGGAGAGAUAGGUCGUAAGAAAAUCUCGUCAUGCAUGUACUUAAGAGGAUGAGCAACCAAUCGCGAAAACGAUCAAUCGAGGCGAGGAAGAUGGAGAAAUCGAAAAUAUCGGCGAUUUGACUGACAUGGCUCGGCCGUGUUUCUCAUGCGUUUGACACAGAUUGAUUCGAUAAAUAAUAGUCGCCGUUUCCGUUUCUCCUGUGACGCACGCAAAAUAAUCCGUGAAUGAAAAAUUUACUUGAAUCCGGAUUUACGCGCGAUAUAGCGAUCGAAAUAAAUUCGGUUGUAAUAAUAAUUUCGUGUGAUUUUUUGUAAAGUUUGACGCGAGUAAAAUGGGAGAUAAAUAAUUUGAAAAGACAUCUUAAAGCGUUGUAAUCAUAAAUUAUUCUUGCAAAUUAUAUUGUGACAUACGUAAAUUUACGAAAAUGCUUUCAAAAUUCAUCAAUAUUUAUCAACGUUCAAUUAAUCAAUUAAUCAAUUUAAUCAACAAAUUACUAAUUAUCAUAAAAAAUUCAGCAGUAAAAUAUGCUUAUAAAUGAGUACAUUUGAGUGCCAAAAAAUUAAAUUAUUGUCAAAAAUUGGCAGACCAGUUUUUUCCGGAAUGAAUUAGGCUCGGUAUUAAUUAGUAACGUGAUUAUUAAAUGUGUAAAUGUAGUAUACCGUGCCUUUGAUCGAACAUAGAAAAAAUGUAUUAAACGCAAAAUUUACAAAUUAUAAAAAAAAAUUUGAAAUAUUAAACAUCAAAAACAUAUUCUUAAAGCGUGCGUCACUGUUCUCUCCGCGAAAUUACGUAUAUUUUCCCCGUAAAAUCGAUGUCUUCGUAGCAAGUGAGAUUACAAAUCUGCCAUAAAAUACGUCAGAUAGAAAGAGAGAGAUAAUAUCUACUUCUCUUUUUAUAUUUAAGCGCAAAUACUUGCCUAAAUAAAUUCAAGAAAAGAAGACAUAUGUGUUUCCGAGCAGUUAUAGGGACCAAGAGUUUGUUUCUCCCGGGUACGUAAACUUUGCCUAUGGCGUGAAAAAGUACCGGAAAAUUGCGAUGGCACGAUCGAAGGAGAAAAAUAAAACAAACUGUUUCGAAUUUCGCUCACUGGGUCACGACUUUGUGGCCUGAGAGAAAAAUUGCAUGCAAAUCGAAACGCGUUCCAAAUCGCGAUCUCGUUUACCUGAAACGGAUGUAUACACAUAAAUUGAAGAAAUAACAAUGUUAUGUAAUAACAUUUCACGAUUCUUCGAAACGAUAACACGCGUAACGAAAUAUAAAAUCUCUUCCAACUCUUUCGUUCCUCUUCUCUAUUCCGUUCAUUCCCAUUUGGUCCUUAAUAAAAAUUUCAUAUCUGUUCUAAUUUCUUUUUGCGAUCAACAAAACGAUCAAUACUGAUUGUCAGAAAUAGUCAGUCGUGGUUUUUUUUUUUCGUUGAUAAGAAAGAUUUCUCUUUGGAUUUUUUAUAUGCUGUCGAGAAGCUGGAGACAAUCUCGAUUUUCUUUCCUUUGUACACAUUCUCGUAAAUAAUGCAUUUUUAUGAGACUUGUAUUUUAAUCGCGUUUUUCUCUCGCGGCACAUGAAGUAAAAGAUCACAAGAGAUACGAAAUGCACUUAGUACACCAAGUGUACAGAAAGAUCGCGUAACAAAGAAAGUAUAAUUUAUUGAUCGAAACGAGACAAAUUACGCGAGCUCUGCGCGAAUCAGGUCAUCGUAAAGAAUACUCACCUCGAUAUAUUAUUAAGAUAAUUGUUAGCCCAUACACAAGUCAUUACGAAUCAUCCACUUUUUCUGUAUGUUUUUCGCCAAACAGUGUCUUUAUCAUUACGUAUCAUUUAUAUGCAUUUGUUAUUAAAGACUCACUCAGUCAUCAGUAAAUGUGUGUUUUUCGUUAUAAAAGGUUUUUAGAAUUUUAUAAGUAAAAUAUAUUAAUAUAAUAAAAGUGUGUAGUUAUAAAAAAUGAAAAAAAAACACAUGUAAGCAUGCGCCGAAACUUGUUGUUAUAAACAACAUUUUUUUUAACACUUUUACAAAUUUACAAGUGCCCAAUAUAUAUAAUCCGUCAGUUUUUACUUACCAUUUACCAUGUUAUAAGUAUAUUUGAUAAUUAUCUUCGUCCAAUAUUAUUAACUCGAUUAAAAUUAUCUAUAUUAUCAAAUCGAUUCGCGAAUAUUCGAACGAGAUCUGGUUAUGCCGCGAGCUCGUGGCAAUUUUCCCUAAGUGAUAACAAAACCGACACAUGCACGUUACCGUAAAUCAACAAUAAAGCAAAUUACACCAUCAUCUUUUGUUUUUUAAGCGACACGCGUGUUACAUUGUCAAUAAUAAUAGCGUUAUAUCGUGAUCGCGUAUUGAUCAUGAUCCGCUGUUCAUUAUCGCUUUGACCUUUUCUGCUCGAUAUCGUUAAUCCACUCGAAAUCAUUCCCGUUCAUUUGUUUCGCUCUUCAGAUAACAUUAUAUCGAAUUUUUUAUCAUGCCAUUUUGUAUAAUUUAUUUAACAAAUACAACGCAAUAAAUUUACUAAGCAAAAAUAUCGUUGUGAAUAUGCAACACAUUGAUGUACAAUCCUUUUUAUAAUGGAGCAAAACAUUUUUCUGGAUAUUGAUUUUUCAUUUAUUAUCACAGUAUUUUGACCAUUAACAAUUAUCUAAUCACUAUCUUUCUCCUCGCAUUCGACGACACUCUAGCGAUGUUCUAUAGUUAACAAUUCUGUACAUAAGAAGAAAAUCGUGUGUGUAUAUAUGAUUAUAUACGUAUCUGUACGUUUUUUAGAUUUAAAGUAUAGGCCGCAAUCGAAUUUAGAAAUCAGCGGAAAUGGAUCCGUUACGCGGCAGAAUCUACGACCUAGUAUCAGCGACUAUAAUCGCGGAUCGGUCAAUCCGAGAUUGCCUAAUACAACUUUAAAGUAUGUUCGUAUGUUAUGUAUGUAUGUAUGUGUCCUCGAGCGCGCGAUUGAUUAGAAGAUGAAGGUAAUUCUUGCUUAAUAUCUAGUCACUAGAUUGUUAGUUUGAUUCGAAUUUGUGUCAUUAAACGGAGCUUGUUUAUUUUCUUUUGUAUUUAAAUUUCUUUUCUUCUCUACUCGAGGUUUAUUUAACUUUAUCAGAACACGUCACGAAUGCGUUACAAUUCUGUAUAAAACCUUCCCUACUUAAUGUAUAUAAAAUUUGUAUUAAUGAAAUUAUUAUUAAAAUAUUUGAGAAAACUUUUCUUUUUAUAUAUUAAUAUUUUACAUUUUUAUCAUUAUACUUUUUUCAUAUUUUUAUUAUGAUAUAUUUCUUAGUGACACAAAUUCGGGCCAUUUUAUGCCUAAAUUAAGUGUAUUCGAGUUAAGUAUUUAAUAUAUUAAUUUCAACUUUAAGCGUACUCGACAUUCCCUUAAGUAAAAUCAUAAUUAUACUAUGCGAUGUAGAUAGGAUAUCUCUUUUGUAGAAUUCUGCGAGCUCAUUCUUGGUUUGUCAUCUUAUAGCAAAUAUCUACAAUCAAUGCGUUUAAUAUUUUUCAAUCUAAAUUUUUUUUUACGUACACUGGUAUAUCAAGCGUAUCCAAAUCACGUUUGCAAGAUUCUUAUUCGAGACCAUUAAUUUCUUGCCAAAAAAUAACUUCAACGAUCGUGUAUCUAAUGUGAUUCGUAAGUUUUUUUGUGUUUUCAAGUGUUAGUAAGCAUAACAAAAAUCGAUAAAACAUAUAUUCGGGAGGAUGAAAGUUUGAUUUUCAGUUUUAUGAAGAUUGUACCGAAAGGAAUAAUCGUGGCACGAUUACUAUAAAUAAUAAAUGCAAUGAGAGCAUGAAUUAUUCAGCAUGAAUAUUGUUAGUAUCGGCGAUGUCAUAUUUUCAAACAAAAAAUCACAUUGUCUGGCAGACUUUUCUCGCGAAAACAUCUUUAAAUUACCACAACGUCAAUAGAAGCGUCUCGAUCGAGCUGGAGAUUUCACAGAGAAAUAAAGAAAUACAUAUUUAUAGAAUUGUUUGAGACAUACAUAUAUAUAUAUAUAUAUAUAUAUAUAUAUAUAUAUAUGCCUUUUCUGUGUGCAAAUUCUUAGAUUUUUCCAAUAAUUAACAGGUCAUGACUUUGGUACAAUCUUCAUAUGAAAGCGUAAGAAGCCUUUCGAACUUUAUAUGAAUCAAUGUUUUAAAAUUGUGCUAUUUUAUAUAUUGAUUACUGUUCUCGUCGUUUUUAUAUAUUUGUCUUUUAAGAAAACGAAUAGUGGGAGAGGUAAUUCAAUAAGCGAACAAUAGGAAAUUGUUUAGCUUUUGUCUGAUCAACUUAAAUUAUAACAGCGUAAUAAUGUAACUCGGAUAUGUAAGUUUAUACUGCAAGCAUAUUGUUUCUUUCGCAACGUUUCUAUUCAAUUUGUAUAAAUGCCAUCCGUUGAGUUGCCACUUUGAAUUGAAUCGGGUCAGAGAUAUACAAUGUGUUGGGACUAUUGUACAUAAAAUAGGCUCAAUUAUGUAACAGCGACAGAAAUGCAGCAAUUACAAUAUUACUGUAGAAACGACGAUGUCUUAUGAAAUAAACUGCAAAUUAACAAAAU